AUCCUCACCGUGCGACGGCGACGCAGGUCGAAACCUGGAGUGUGGCUAGACGCCGAGGAAGCCGAAAGAACUCGCGAGAAGUGGUGCGCCGUGGCAACACUCGCCUGGGACCUUCGCGUGCCCCUGCUGGUUGCCAGCGCCGACCGGACCCCAUAUACACGGGCACGCGCGGGGGAGGCCGCCUGAGCCACGCACGCUACGGGGACACGACGUGCUUCGUGGACGCGCACGCGCGGCGCGCUUGGGUGAUCAGCCGAGCCCGUUGCCGCUUGGAGCAGGCGGGCGGCGGAACCGUGGCAAGUGAGCGCGCGCGGGCGCGGGACGGCGAGUGGAGAGGAGGUGGUGAUGAGCGAGGCGGACGGGCGCGCGGGGGCCGACGACCCGCCGAGCCGCCCCGCGCCGCGGCUGAACGAGCGGAUCCUCUCGUCCCUGUCGCGGAGGUCCGUGGCCGCGCACCCAUGGCACGACCUCGAGAUCGGUCCUGACGCUCCUGCUGUGUUCAACGCUGUCGUGGAGAUCUCGAAAGGAAGCAAGGUCAAGUACGAGCUCGACAAGAGAACCGGGCUCAUCAAGGUCGACCGCGUGCUGUACUCGUCGCUGGUGUACCCGCACAACUACGGCUUCAUUCCGCGAACGCUUUGCGAGGACAACGACCCCAUGGAUGUGCUGGUCCUCAUGCAGGAACCGGUUCUUCCCGGCUGCUUCCUCCGAGCCAGAGCGAUCGGGCUCAUGCCCAUGAUUGAUCAGGGAGAGAAGGAUGACAAGAUCAUUGCCGUCUGCACCGAUGAUCCCGAGUACCGCUACUACAAUGAUCUCAGCGAGCUCUCGCCUCACCGGGUCCAGGAGAUCCGACGGUUCUUCGAAGAUUGUAAGCUUCCACAACGCCCUUCCCUUCCCUUCCCGUUUUUGCUGCUCCAUAUAACUGUCCAACAAAAUGUUCAGAUAAGAAGAACGAGAACAAGCAGGUUGCUGUGGACGAAGUUCAGCCUGCGAGCACUGCCCGCGAUGCCAUCCAGUACUCCAUGGAUCUUUAUGCGCAGUACAAUUUGCAGAGCCUGAGACAGUAGUUCUGUGGCACCUGGGCAUUUGGUUCUCCACGAGUACUUGGCGUGUGUCGAAAAGUCGAAUUGAAUGAACUAUGAGUGUGCUUAGCCAGAGAACACAAGACUUAGCUGCUAGAGAUGUAUACAUGUAUGUAUUAGCGUCAUGUUGUAACUUGUAAGGAGGCCUUUUUAGUUGCUUGUGAAGAUGUUCAAGGCCUCCAUACUAUUAUACUGAAUCUUACAAGCUUAAGACGACACAAAGGUAA